UCAAACGCAGCAUAAUCCCUCCCACCAAGAGUUGGCUUGGCUACCGUCAAAAAAAAAAAGAGUUGGCUUGGCUGGGAGCAGCCAUGAGCAUGCUGGGGAGUGUGAUUGCAGGUGCCGUGGGGAAACAAAUCUUGAGCAAGCUUUCGUCCGAGAUCACUUUGCAGUGCGGGUACAGAGAGAAGGUGCUGGAGAUGGAGGAGAAGAUGAAAGGUGUCGAGGCCUUGCUAGGCGAUGCCGACGACAGGUCUCGUCGACAAGGCCAAGGUGGUGGAAGAGUGUUUCAGCGUUGGCUUACCAAGUUUAAGCAUGCCGCCUACGACAUGGAGGACGUGCUGGAUGAGCUGGACGCCAACAAGCUCAUCAACAAUACCCAACCCAAGGUCAACUUGUGGUUUUCCAAACACAAUCAACUCUUGCAGCGGGUAACAAUGCCCCACAAUAUGAAGAACGUGAUGAAGAAAAUAGACAAAAUUGAAAAGGAGGGUGGUAGGGUGCUCAACCUUGUCCCUCAAGAAGCAAGGGGAGAAGGGAACAGAAAUCAGGAAACUUUUGCAGCCAACUGGAAUGGUGUUGGCAUGCACACUAGAAUGGUGGGGAGGGAUAUGGAGAAGGAGAAGAUAAUCAGCCUGCUACUCACAAGUGAAGCUAACCAGGAUAUCUCCAUCAUUUCAGUUGUUGGACUUGGUGGCAUAGGCAAGACCACAUUGGCUGAAUCGGUUCUUGCAGACAAGAGGGUCAGUGUCUUUGACGCCUUAGUCUGGGUCCAUGUGUCCAAGGAAUUUGAUUUGCACAAAAUUGGGAGUGCCAUCCUAAAAAGCUUGGUUAGCAACAUCAACCUUAACAAUUGUACUAUGCAGUUUCUGUAUGAUAAUCUGAGCAAAGAACUUGCUACUAGAAGAUACUUGAUUGUUCUGGAUGAUCUCUGGGAAGAAGACGCAGAUAAACUUGAAAGUUUGAAGCGGAUGUUACAGCAUGGCCGCAAGGGUAGCAGGAUUAUAGUAACGACCCGAAACCGAAGCGUAGCGCAACAACUGCAAACUAGUUUUCUUGUUCUUGCGGCCAAGGCUCACGAAAUCAACUUGGAUGUUUUAGAACCUGGUGACUGUUGGGAAUUAAUGAAGCAAAAGGCAUUCGGGCCUGAUGAUCAUGACAGUCGCUUGGAAGAAAUUGGAAAGCAGAUUGCAUGGAAGUGUGGGGGUUUACCGCUCGUGGCAAAUGCUCUUGGGCAAGUAAUGUCGGAGCUAAGGACCGUGGGGGCAUGGGAAGAUAUAAGAGACUCCAAGGUUGAUCUGGGCUUGAAAGGACAUCAGAAAGAAACAUUAGAGAGGCUAAUGCUGAGCUAUUACUACAUGAAGAUAGAAUUCAAAAUGCGUUUCACGUACUUGGCAGCCUUCCCCAAGGGCUUUGUCAUGGAUAGCAAUCGUCUAAUCCAGCAAUGGAAUGCCCUUGGAUACAUUUAUCCAGAGUAUGAUGGUCAAAAGUGCAUCAACUACCUUUUGGGGAUGUCUUUUCUUCGGAUUCCAGGGUCCUCUUCGGUUAGUCCAAGUCCAUUGCAUUCCAAAGCUCCUCCAGAACUCGUCAUGCAUGAUUUGGUGCAUGAUCUUGCAUCAAUAAUUGUUGCUGAUGAAUUAAUUGAUCUAGAUGGAACCAAAAGCACCACCUGGAAUAGAGCUCGUUACUGCCGACAUGCGCAGUUAACAAACUUCAAGAAUGAUCCUAAAGUUUUCAAAUAUAUUCCAAACAAUCUUAGAUCCCUCCACUUUAGAGAUUUGGGGGGACUGCAACUCCCGAAAAAGGCAUUUUCUCGGUCCAGUUACAUACGUGUCUUGGACCUAAGUGGACAUUCAGCGAAUGGCCAAUCUGCUCCAAGUAGCGUGAUGCUGCCAUCUUCCAUUUGUCAGUUGAAGCUACUUAGGUAUCUUGAUACCACGGGAUUGUCAAUAAAAUCACUUCCUAAGCAUUUUCAUGGACUUCAAAACAUGGAAACUCUCAUCCUGUCCAAUUCCUCGCUUGAAACCUUGCCUACCAGUAUCUGUCGCCUCAGAAAACUUUGCUAUUUGGACCUAUCUGGUAGUAGCAAGCUUAGUAAGCUACCUGCAUCACUAGGGGAGCUUUCCAAACUAUUUUUCCUUAGUCUAUCCGGGUGUUGUAUACUCCAAGAGUUGCCCGAAUCAAUCUGUGACCUUACAUGCUUGCACCACCUAGACAUGUCAGAUUGUUGUGCUCUUCAUAAGCUCCCUGAUAGAUUUGGUAGCCUUCUUAAACUCUCAUUCUUAAACAUGUCAAGUUGUUCAAAGAUCGCCAAACUACCUGACAAUGUUAGAUUUCCGUGUUUGGAGCAUCUGAACCUAUCAAGUUGCCAUGAGCUAGAAAACCUGCCUACUGAUUUUGGUCACCUUAGGACACUAGAGUUCUUGAACCUCUCUGGUUGCUACAAGGUAUCAAUGCUGCCAGGAUCAUUCUGCCAACUUACUCAUUUGAAAUACCUAGAUCUUUCAGACUGUCAUAACCUCAAAGAACUCCCCGAAUGUUUCGGUGACCUCUCCAAGCUUGAAGAUUUGAACCUAACAAGUUGUGCGAAGCUCAGACAAUUGCCUGAGUCACUAUGCAAGUUGUCUAAGUUGAAGUGUCUCUAUUUGUCAUACUGUCUGAGACUAAGUGAGCUCCCCUCCUCUUUUGGUGACCUUGAGAUUCAAAUACUGCACAUGAAUGGGCUUACGGAAUUACAGGGCAUCCCUGAUAGCAUCACUCGCAUGACUAGUCUCACCCAGUUUCUGGUUGAUAGUCUAGCGCCUGAAUUGUUUGAACAGGUCCUCCCCAUUAGAACACGUCUAAAUCUUGUGGGCACAGUAACGCAUAAGGUACAUGAGAUAGAGAGUAGAGGAUGCAGCAGUAUAGUGGAUCUGGUGGGACUGACUUGUUCAGAGCUGAUACUUGUCAGCCUUCAGAAUGUCAGGAAUCCGGAAGAUGCGGGCAGAGUCAAACUGCGUGACAGAUCAGAUAUUCGAGUACUAAAUCUUAUCUGGGAAAACGAAGGAGGUAAAUCUGUGCUGGACAGGCUCGUACCUCCUCGGGGUCUUGAACACUUUUGGCUAGGAGGGUACACGAGCAAGGAUUUCCCUGACUGGAUGUUUGACAUCCCGUCCUACCUCCCUUUUCUCAGCGAACUGACUCUUGAUGGUUUGGAAGAAUGUGAUUGUCUUCCACCAUUUGGGGCACUGCCAAAAUUAAGAAGGUUGGUUCUAAAGAACAUUCCCAACAUUAGGAAAAUUGGUAAGGAAUUCUAUGGAGAGGCUGGACCUUGUGUGAAACUAAGAAUAGUGCUAUUGGGGUGGAUGGAGAAUUUGGAGGAGUGGUGGACAACAAAGUCAAGUGAGGAAAACGAAGAGUUUCUAAUCCCUAAUUUGCAUCAGUUAUUGGUAACGGACUGCCCAAAAUUGAAGUUCCUGCCAUAUCCCCCAAUAAGUAUGGAUUUGUGUUUGAGCAACAGCGAGACGGUUUUGCCAGAACGAGGAUUCGGAAAGCUCUCGUCUUCCAUUCGUCCUUCUAAGAUGGUUCUAGAUAGUUGUAGCUUCUCUCAAGACAAGUGGAGUAGACUUGAACACUUUCCCACCCUUGAGAUAUUUAUUGUAAAAUUCGUUAGUGGCUUGAGGACUUUGCCAGAGGUCAUGCGAUGCUUCACCUCUCUCACUGAACUAAAUUUGAUGUCGUUGAACGAUCUAGAGACACUCCCAGUAUGGUUGGGCCACCUCGGUUCUCUACAAGAACUUAGGAUCGAAGAUUGCCCCAACCUGACAUGUUUGCCUGAAAGCACGAAGAACCUCACCGCUCUUAAAAAAUUGUGGCUGGUAAAGUGCUAUGGCCUCGAGAUAUUACCAGAAUGCUUGGGAGAGGUGACUUGUCUAGAAGAACUUGCCAUCGGCAUUUGCCCCAACAUAACAUGCUUGCCUGAGUGCAUACGGAGUCUCUCUGCUUUGAAGCUACUCAGAAUUGCUCUGUGUCCAAGUCUGACUGCGAGCUGCCAAGGGGAGGAUGCCCACAAGAUCUGCCACAUCCCUACAGUUGAAUUCAUGUAAGUCGUCACUUAUGCAGAGCUUGUUCUCUGAGGUCAUCGUUACUCCAACCUCCAAGUGGCUACAUAUAUACAUGGUGGCGUGGUGCUCUACUCUAUACUCCAUACGAGGGAUCGGAGGUGCUAGAGUUGGUCCCGGCAUCUGCUGCAGAGGAGUUUUUCAAGGGAAGAAUUGUACGUAGUUGCUUUCUUUUUUUCGGAAACAUGUUGCAGUCUUAGUCUCAAAAGUAUUACAGCUCACACAAUGAUGCAUGGUUUUGCUUCUGCCAGAGGAGAUUAUUCGCCAUCAGCUCUGACCCUUUCAGAUAGCGCACAUCACCGCUCCUGCACAUCUCAGUUUGCUGACGAGAAUCUUGAGUUGCUGUGAAAGCAUAGAGAGUUUCCCUGCUUUGAAGCUAGUAAAAAUUGUUGAGUGCGAGCGCGAGGUGCAUGCCAAGGGGAGGAUGCUCAUGCAUAGUCUGAUUCAGCUGUGCUAGCUGUUGUACAGUACAAAAUUGGUGGUCUCUGAUGCGUGCAGAGCUUGCUCCAUGUGGAUACCAGGAAGCUGUCCUCUGAUGCUGCAGAGGAGGACCAGAGCAAUGAGAAUUAUGCAUGCCUGGGGGCCGAGUACUGAAACUAGUGAACCCAGCUACAUACAAUCUUGCACGGAGAUUGCAUGCAUACAGGUUUAGGUGUCAUUGGCACUCACAGUCCCAGUGGUGAAUUGAAUUUCACAGCUGAUUCAGAGCAAACAAACAGUACUGAAGCAAUUGUGUUGAUAUGCUGAAAGAAUAGAAUAUCGACCUAAGUGAUGGCUCGCAGUGGGAUGUCCUUCCUUCCUUCCUUUAAACAAGACAAGAGAAGUGGGCUUUAAUUUGUGGAUGCAGCAGCAGCAGCAGCCAACAGAGCAGAGCAUUCCAAGAAGAGAAGGGACAUCCAAAGGUGCGAGGUGGUUAUUGGGAUUCAGCUUCAGCCUCACACCACUUGACAAGAAAUUUUUGUGUAUUCGCCGGCCUCUGUAAAUUAAAUUGGUACGGUAGAAUUGUGUUUUUUUUUCUUCUUCCCAGCAGUGUUCCGAUCAUGAUUUUGUUCCGUGACCUGAUCGACGCUGCCAAUGUUGUUGGGUGUAACUGUCGUUAGCACAAUGCAUUCACUCUUGCUUGAUGUCUAAGAAAGACUUGGCAGAUUCACAUGUGAAUCUGAUAUUGAAGGCAAAAGUUGUGUGGUUAAUUCCUCACUGGCAGCAAUGUGUCUGCCUUCAGAUUUGGGGCU